UGAGCGUAGCUUUAAGUCACGUUGUAGUCACGUUGCAAGCGGCGUGGACUUUUCUGACAACUGUGUGGUUUUCUACGAUACGAUAGAGUUUGUUUGCUUCUUGUCGUUUUUACUAAGCACGGCGUGAUGAAUUCAUGUUCUGGAGCAAGAAAAUAGGAAUAAACACAUCUAACGGUGUAGUGCGAGGUUUCAACUAGAAUUCAGUGCUAAAAGUGAUUAAAACAAAUCAAACUUCUAAGCGGUUACACUGUGUAAUACUUGUCUUUAUUUCUCCAAUAGUGUUUUUAAUUUUGUAACAAAAUAACAGUGACUCUUUGAACUCGCCAGUGGAUUACAAUUAUCCGGGCCAGCUUUACUGUAAUAUCAAGGAUAUUCAAAGUUAAUGCCAUGUGGGUGACGAGUUAGGUAUGUCGGCUGCAGCGGAGACGCUGCCGACAGCGUCAAGUGCGCGCACGCAUGCGACCCUAGCGACCGCCCCCACCGCCCCGCAGCGCUGUUCCACCGGGAAACACAUCGUUCAUUGGUUCCGCAAAGGCCUCCGACUCCACGACAACCCGGCCUUGAGAGAGGGCCUCAGCGACGCAGUCACAUUCCGAUGUGUCUUCAUAAUCGAUCCCUGGUUCGCUAGCUCGUCGAAUGUUGGGAUAAACAAAUGGAGAUUCUUGUUACAAUGCCUGGAAGACCUGGACAGCAGUUUGAGGAAGCUAAAUUCCCGGUUGUUCGUGGUGCGCGGACAACCGGCCGACGCCCUGCCGAAACUCUUUCGCGAGUGGGGCACCACAGAACUCACGUUCGAAGAAGAUCCUGAGCCCUACGGUCGCGUCCGGGACCACAAUAUCAUGUCCAAAUGCCGAGAAGUCGGCAUCACCGUCAUAUCUCGUGUUUCGCACACACUCUACAAAUUAGAUAAAAUUAUAGAGCGCAAUGGUGGGAAAGCACCGUUGACAUACCAUCAGUUCCAAGCGCUGAUAGCGAGUAUGCCACCGCCGCCGCCCGCCGAACCCGCCAUCUCGACGGAAACGCUAAACGGUGCCACGACGCCGGUCUCCGACGAUCACGACGAUCGCUUUGGAGUCCCUACCCUCGAGGAGCUUGGCUUCGAGACUGAAGGACUGAGGCCUCCGGUGUGGAUUGGCGGUGAGAGCGAAGCUUUAGCUAGAUUGGAGAGGCAUCUCGAACGGAAAGCAUGGGUAGCUUCAUUUGGGCGGCCUAAAAUGACACCGCAAUCUCUAUUGGCUAGCCAAACAGGGCUGUCACCCUAUUUGAGGUUUGGCUGCUUAUCAACAAGGCUAUUCUACUACCAAUUAACGGAAUUGUAUAAAAGAAUCAAAAGGGUGCGACCACCUCUUUCUUUACACGGACAAAUACUUUGGCGAGAAUUUUUCUACUGCGCCGCAACGCGGAAUCCAAAUUUCGACCGUAUGGAAGGCAAUCCCAUAUGUGUUCAAAUACCAUGGGAGAAAAACCAGGAGGCUUUAGCAAAAUGGGCGAACGGUCAAACUGGUUUUCCAUGGAUUGAUGCGAUCAUGAUACAGCUAAGAGAGGAAGGCUGGAUCCAUCACCUGGCGCGACAUGCCGUGGCAUGCUUCCUUACCAGAGGUGACCUUUGGAUUUCAUGGGAGGAAGGAAUGAAGGUGUUUGACGAGUUACUACUGGACGCGGAUUGGUCGGUGAAUGCGGGCAUGUGGAUGUGGCUCUCCUGCUCGUCUUUCUUCCAACAGUUCUUCCACUGCUACUGUCCUGUCCGCUUCGGAAGGAAAACUGAUCCUAACGGGGAUUUCAUCAGACGCUACAUUCCCGCGCUGAAGAACAUGCCGACGCGCUACAUCCACGAGCCGUGGGUGGCGCCGGAGUCGGUGCAGCAGUCGGCGCGCUGCAUCGUGGGCCGCGACUACCCCAUGCCCAUGGUGGACCACGCCAAGGCCUCGCAGAUCAACAUCGAGCGCGUCAAGCAAGUCUACGCACAACUCGCUAAAUACAAACCACAAGCUAUAUUGAAUCCACAUAAUCUUCAGAGACCGAAUGUAAUGCAAUCUUCGCCUAGUCCGACGUCCAUAAUCGCGAAUAUAAAUCAGUCGAACUACUUGUGUAGUCAAGCACCGGACCCUCAGCCCACUACUGCAUCAAAGUCGGACGGUUUCGAUAAAGACGCGAUUGUGUUCCAACAUCCCAGUGGCAACUCGCGACGGGACGGCAAGCACACGCAGUUCAAGAAAGUCGUCAUCGUACAAACACAAAGCACUAACGUCGCUCGCCCGCCGACUCCGGAACGCCCCAACCGUUGUUCACCGCAACCCAAUUUCAUCAUCAAUCUGGACGCAUUCAAAACAAAUCCAGGCAUGGAUACCACACAAGAACAAAGCAAACAAGACAACUAUAACUUCAAGAACCUAGCCAUCAAUAAUUACAUACAAGAUUAUUCUAAUACUUCCGAGUAUCGGAACCAGCAGCUGAAUAAAGAAGAGGCAUAUCAACAGGACGUCAAAACCAACAGUUUCGGUUUUCUAAAGCCAAAGUUCUACUUGUCCUACACGGAUAACGGAGUUUCACGAAUUGCAACCGCUCGUGCAGCGACACAAAAUGAGAUAAAUAAAGAAACUGCAAGAGAUCCGGAAAAAGAGAAGUCGGAAAGUAAUUUGCACUCAUCAACUAUGCAGACUGCUGAGUUUCAAGAGUCUUCUAAGACUGUAUAUGACCCCAACACGAAAAACGCAGAAUAGUGAAACUAUAUGACACAAACUGCAUUAUUGACAACUAAUAUUUUGUGCACUUAUGCUACUGCCGCCACUGAAAAAGUGAUACAAUGAAUGCAAACAAUAAUAAAAGGAUAUUUAGAUAACAUUUAACUAAAAAGGAAGCUGGAUACAUCAUUCCUUAUAUCAAUAGUACCUAUCGUAAUCCCUUAUUUUUAAAUAGGUGAUUUAUUUAGAUCACGUUUGAAUAAAUUGUGCAUAAUAGUGUACUACUAAGGGUAUAUAAAACUUAACUAAUUCUCCAAAAAAAUUACUGUGUGUUCUCCAAAUCUGUAAAUUAAUGUUAGAAAGAACUUAGCUCCAUUUUUAGUUUCGGACACCAUCGAUCAAACCACCCUGCCCUGAGAAGAUUAACGUAAAAUGUUUACUCACUGAUAAUUCGAAAAAACUAUUGUAAUAAAUUAAUCAUUACUACUAUCAAAGAGAAACACAUUAGUAUGGAUCUCAUUGUGUCUUUAUCGAGAGGUGGUGAAUGGCACCAUUUAAUUGAAUUCUAUGUAAACUUCAUUAAUUUGACAGAAAAUGCCUUGUGCCAUUGUAUGUACAUUUAGGCCCGUAUUAUGAAACUACUCUCAAUACUUGAUUCAAACAGAAGCAUAGGUUCAAGCCUGUGUGUGAAAAAGAGAUGAAACUCGACCACAGGCUUGAAUCUUGCUUGAGUUUGAACCUAGUUUUGAGUGUUGUUUCACAAUACCGACCUAAAAAUUAUCCUGUAAGAUUAUAGUUAAUACAUAGAAUAAGUAGUGUUAAUGUUAGAUUUGUUGUACUAUAGUUAUAAAUAGAUUUUAUAGCGUCUAGUUGCUUUGGCAUAUACAUCUAUGACGAAUUUGUACCAAAAAAAUGGUGACAAUACUAUACCAUAUUAUUUUAACUAAGCGUCUAUACUGAAUAUUUGUGUGCAUAGUGCAAUCUCAGGAACAUUGAUAUCUAAAGAAUAAGAUUGACUCUGAUUCACAGGUAGUUAGAAAUGUUUGCUCAUUUAUUAUUAUAUUAAAAUGUUACAAAUUAACGUAAUAAUGAUAUUCAGAUCAAUAUUACCUGAAGAUGCCCAUUAAUUUUAAUCUCAAUGUAGAGUUAUUCAAAUUUUUCAUAAUAAACAUAAUUGUAUCUCAAAUAAUGGCAACAGUUUUGUCGUAUUAUCUUAAGUAGUUACAGCUAAGCGUAUAUAGAUGUGUUACCAUUAUCAGGAUCUCACUUGGAUGAAGAAUAUAAAUUUGUGAUGGUUUAUGGGGAUCGAUACUGGCGAUCAGUUUCGCCGAGUCACUUAGGCCGUGUCCCCAUUAGGCGAACAGUGGGCGGCUAUUAAAAGUCCGCCCAUAAAGCGAGUAAUAUAAUAAUGUACCCCAAUUUGCGGCAGCUUCAGUUCGCUGCUAACUUUAGACGUUGAGUUUGCGAUCAAUAUCACCGAUUACGUAAUAGGAAAAAUUUGCCAACGGAUACUCAGCCGCACACAGUUCGCCUCAUGGAGACACUCCCGAGACUAGAGAUUAAGAUAGUAACAAAUCCGGAAUCGCACCCUGUUCAAUCCAUCCACAAUUGAUUGGUUUUGUAAUAAAUAAAUAAUGUUUCUAUUUUCCAGAUUUAUUUAUUAUUUAGUAUGCUGUUGUUUUUAGUCAAUGUGAUGUGUUAUUAUUGUCAUAUAUUUUAUUAAUAAAUAAAUACUUGUCAUAAA